AUGGCACCUCGAUGGCACCUCGUGGAUGCGGUCGGGGCUGUGGAAGAGGACAUACUGGCCAUUGCGGAGGCUCUUGGACACCAGAUAAAUAAUAACGGUAAUGGCAAAAAUGGAGCUCAGGGUCCGAUGACACUAGCAACCUUCUUAAAAGUUAAUCCACCAAAGUUCAAGGAAACCACUAAUCCGACUGAAGCUGAUACCUGGUUUCAGGCUAUGGAGCGAGCACUGCAAGCGCAAUUGGUACCUGAGGAGCAGUGUGUUGAGUUUGCUACUUAUCUACUCACUGGGGAAGCAUCGCAUUGGUGGCAGGGAGCCCAAUGUCUUCUGCAGCAGGAUGAUGACCCUAUCACCUGGGAUGCCUUCCAGGUAGAAUUCUAUAAGAAGUACUUUCUGAAUUCUGCUCGGACGGCAAAGAAACUUGAGUUACUGCAGCUGAGGUUUUUUUGCAUGUGUCAAGGAGCUCCGGGAGACUUCGAGGAAUGGAAGUGCAUCAAGUAUGAAAGAGGGCUCCAGAGCGAUAUCUUAAGUUCAGUGGGACCAAUGGAAAUCAAAAUUUUCUUGGAGUUGGUGAAUAAGAGCAGAGUUGCUGAAGAGUAUGUUAAAAAGGCAGCUGCAGAGAAAAGAAGCCUUAGGGGACCAUUCCCACAUAAUCGAUGGAAGAGCUUUGCUCCUAGAGGUCCACCUUUCAAGCGAGGAGUUUUUGUACCAAACCAGAAUCAGGGUCAGAAUAAUUCCAGAAGGCUCAACAACAACAACUUCUAG